ACACUCCCUAGCAGCUCUGCGAGAUGGGACCGGGUGGAGCGGGCGAGGACGCUCCGAGCCCGACGUGGGCACCGCCCCCUCGUCUUCAUUGGCCGAGGUUCCGUGACGUCACGCCCCGCCAGGCCUCCGGUCGGCCCCGCCCCCGCCCGCCUCCGGCGCUAGGCAAAGGCCGGCUGCAGCAGAGGCGGCUGUGGUGCAGGCGGCAGUUGGGAGCGGUUAGCUGCUUAGCCGGGGGGUCCAGCGGCAGUAGUGGUGGUUCCAGCCCCGCGAUGUCGGUGCCUCCUCCCGCUACCGAAGCUGAGGCUGAGGCCGAGCCCGGGGAUGGGGCCGGUGCGAAGCCGGAGGAGGCAAGGGCUCGCCCAAGCCAGGGCCCGGGGCCGCCGGACCCGGGCUAUGUGCUGGGUCUGGACGUGGGCAGCUCCGUGAUCCGCGGCCACGUCUACGACCGAGCCGCUCGGGUCCUCGGCUCCAGUAGCCACCAGGUAGAAGUGAUUUAUCCUCAUGAUGGCUGGGUUGAAAUAAAUCCCGACGUUCUUUGGAGUCAAUUUAUUGCUGUAAUAAAAGAAGCUGUACAAGCUGCAGGAAUACAAAUGCACCAGAUUGUGGGCCUUGGAAUCUCAACACAGAGAGCAACCUUCAUUACUUGGAACAAGAAAACAGGAAAUCAUUUUCACAACUUCAUAAGUUGGCAAGACCUAAGAGCAUCUGAGCUUGUGAAAUCCUGGAAUAAUUCUAUUCUGUUGAAGAUAGUACAGAAUACCUGCAAAGUACUUCACCUUUUCACUCGGAGUAAACGACUUUUAGGUGCCAGUUUAUUCAGCUUUACGACUCAGCAUGUGUCUUUGAGAUUGGUCUGGGUUUUACAGAACUUGACUGAGGUGCAAAAAGCAGUUGCAGAAGGAAAUUGUUGCUUCGGGACCAUUGAUACUUGGCUGUUGUAUCGGCUCACAAAAGGUUCUGAGUAUGCCACGGACUUUUCAAAUGCUAGUACAACUGGAAUUUUUGACCCAUAUCAGAUGUGUUGGAACGGGAUCCUUACUUCCCUGCUUUCUAUACCAGCUUCCCUCCUGCCUCCUGUUGAAGACACAAGUCACAACUUUGGAUUAGUGCAUGAAGAAAUACUUGGAGCACCUAUACCAAUUGUGGCCUUGGUAGCUGACCAACAGUCAGCCAUGUUUGGAGAGUGCUGCUUUCAGAGAGGAGAUGUGAAAUUCACAAUGGGAACGGGAACUUUUUUGGAUAUUAAUACUGGAACCAACCCUCAACAGACUGUUGGAGGAUUCUAUCCAUUAAUUGGUUGGAAGAUUGGGCCAGAAGUUGUAUGCUUGGCUGAAGGCAAUGCAGCAGACACUGGUACUGCCAUAAAAUGGGCCCAAGCUUUGAAUCUUUUCACAGAGGCUGAUGAGACUGAAAAAAUGGCUGAAAGUCUGCAAGAUUCUCAAGGAGUUUAUUUUGUCCCGUCUUUUAGUGGACUGCAGGCGCCAUUAAAUGACCCUUGUGCGUGUGCCUCUUUUAUGGGUCUAAAGUCUUCCACCAACAGAUACCAUCUUGUACGAGCCAUAUUGGAGUCAAUAGCUUUCAGAAAUAAACAGUUAUACGAGAUGAUGCAGAAGGAGAUUGACAUUCCUAUUACCAGAAUCCGGGCCGACGGCGGCGUCUGUAAGAACGGCUUCGUCAUGCAGAUGACGUCUGACCUGAUUAACGAGAAGAUAGACCGGCCCGUGCAAGUGGACAUGUCCUGUUUGGGCGCCGCUUCUCUCGCCGGCCUCGCCGUGGGGUUUUGGACAGACAAAGAGGAGUUAAAUAAGCUGAGGAAAAGCGAAACCGUCUUUGAGCCACAGAGGAAAUGGAAAGAAUAUGAACCUACUAUGGAAAACUGGGUCAAGGCCGUAAAGCGUUCCAUGAACUGGUAUAACAAGCUAUAACACCAGACGGGAGAAGACAACCAAACACUACUGCUUUUUUUGAGGGGGGGGAACAGCUUUUUACUGUCAUUUUUAUCCAAACCUCAACCUUGCUGGAACAACAGUACCUCGUCGGCACACUUUUCAUGGUCCUCCCAAGAAGAGCGCGGCUGCCAUUUCCAGUGGUACUUUGACCGCUCCAAAGUCGUUCUGUCUUGGGUCCUCAUCUUUUUUUUUAAUACUGUAGAUCAGUGCCAUAACUGAACAUUGUGAUUUGUUACCAACAAUUUCUGGUGAAUCAUUUAAUGUUUCAUUCAAAAAUUAUGUCCUUUUUUUGCCUUGAAUUCAUUAGAUUUAUUUAUUUACAGUCCAUGUACUAAAUAAAAGUACUAUUUGACCAUGCCAAAAUAUUGUAGCAGUUCUGAAGCAACAUUAAGAUUUCUUCAAUUUCAAGCUACAAUUGUUCAACGUUCUGUCCAGAUGUGAGCUAUUUGUCAAUAUUUGGUUUUUUUUGAUGAAGUUCUUUUAUUAAUUAGUGAGUCCUCUUUUUCUACCAGCCUUAAUUUUUGCUUUCCUGUGACGUAGGAACAUUGUUUCAUUACAGAUUUGCCAACAAACUUUUCACAAUUGGUCAUUUCUAACAUUUGAAAAAAUAGUGAUUUUUUUUUGAUUCAUAAAAAUGAUGAUGUUUGCUAAGGAACAAUAAUUUCUUUCUAUUUCCAUCAGAUUACUUGCUUACUUAUUAGACUUGCCUGAUUUGCAGGUAUAAGUAGGGAAACUUCAUUCUCAAAACUUCUGAUUGUCAUCACAGAAUUGAUCACAAACAUAUUUUUGAGAAUAUUCAGAUUACGAUGACUAUUUCCUGCCUCUUGCUCAUGAUCUCUUUGAGUAUUUUUUGGUCUUACAUUCAUGUUCUGAUACAUUUUGUUUAAACAUCUCUCAACCCAAUGGUUUGUGUAUAAUAUGGAAAAGCCAGAAGGGCUCUUAGUUUUGUUCAAGAUGAUGCCACAUCUGUUUGAGGAACACUUUUUUUUCUUCAACAUGUUCUGGUAGUUAGGUCAGAUUUCUCAAACUUCUGUUAUAGUGUUUCAUCCCUGAAUGUGUGCCUUCUGAUAUGUAACCUACCUGUCUGUCCCAGAUGAGAGCAAGAACCAAGAUGGCAGCAGUGAGCGAGGGUGCCCUCAAUACCCAUCUCAGCCUUUUCUGAGAACAGAGAAAGGUUAUUUUUUUUUUUCUUAAUUUUCUGCUAGGUGAAAAUUUUGGAGAAGAACUCAGGGGUAGAGCCUAGGCUGUCUCCAUGCCUGAUCAUUUGAGCGCCAUUUUAAUUUUCUAAAUAUAAUAAUUAUAAUUGAUAUGCCUACGACUAAUAUCGGCUCCUCAUCCCCAUCACCACCACCUUCAUUUCCCCUUUUGCUAGGACUUUCCCAUUUAAAGCAGUUUUCAUGUGUUUGUUUUGCUAGUUAUGAGUUUGUUUCCAUAGCACUUCUAUUUAAAGUAAAAGAUAAACAUUAUUUAUUAUGCAUAAAUUAAUUUCAUGGAAACUGGAGAUCUGCCCAAAUAAUAGUGGCUUAUGUUUUUUUUUUUCUAUUCACAUCCAGAAACAAGUCUUAUUUUUGUUCUUUUGGUUCUUCGUGACAGUUUGCUAGAGAGUUGUUCAGAUUUUGCUGAAAUUUGAAACGUUGACACAUUUCUUCUUAGAGGUUAUAGUAGAAAAAUCCUGAAUCAUUUCAAUCAAUUGAGGCCCGUCUUUCCAGCCCUCUUUCUCUCAGAUCAUUAUCCUACAGAAGGUCCUAGUCACUCAAAGAAAAAGAGAACAUCUGUUCUUUCAACUAUUGUUCCUUUUCUUGAUUGUAGAGAAGUCAUAGUUUUGAUGCAGAUUAGGGAUAUGCUAUUGGCAGUGUUUAGGGCAGGUCCAGAACAUAUUAUCUGAUUCCUCGCUUUGCUACCCUUAGGAAUCAGUGUUUUUGAAAGUUGACUCAUCUGCACUCUUACUGAAGAUUUACGGAUGCCUUCCUGUCUCUGGCAAAGAUCACUUUUGACAAAUCUCUAUUUGUCCUCCAUACAACCCCCUAUAUUGUAAGCUCCUCGAGGGCAGGAAUUAUGUCCUUUUCCUCUGUAUCACCCAUAGUGCCUUGCAUAUUAUAGGUGCUUAGUUAAUAUUGGUCGAAGAAUUUUCCUGGUGGAAAUUUCAUCUCUGGGUUGGACUUUUAACAUGUAUAUUUCCUUUUUUCUUUUAUGUACAUGAAACUGCUAGUGGAGAGCAAGUGAUGUUUGUUACAGUAAAUAUGCUGGAUUGAGAGAGAGAAUAGUAAGUUGCUUUAUAGACAUAAGCAACUGGAAUCCUCUUUUUAUAUUCUUAAAGUCCUUUCGGAGAAUCUCAUUUUUUAUGAGGGAAAAUGGUUUAUUCCAAGUUUAUCUUUUUAAAUGACAAAAUUCUUCAUUAGUAUAUAUCUGCAUAUGCCUAUUUAGAUCAUUUUUCAGGCUAUUUCUAAGGAAAGACAACAGUUUUUCCACAAGUUUUAUAUUUGGUACAAAAGAAUACUAAAUGAUGGAGCGCUAGGAAUGCCAAACAUAAUUGUGUUUCAAGAAAGGAGUUCUAAGAAAAGGUUCCCCUACAUGCCCUGGGAGAAACCUUAUUUAAUUAAAAGUAGCAAGUGGUAAGAUUUCCCUCUCCCCUAGCAUAGCAAGAAUUUCAGUAUUCUUGGUAUCACGAAAAGGAAAAAGGAGAUACCUUAAGGCAGAGUGAUUUUUAAAUCAUCUCAGACUGAGCCUAGGAGAUCUGGGUCUACUCAGUGUCCAAAUCCACCUACCAGUCAGGAAUAACAAUGGAUUCUGGGCCCCUUUGGGAAUUUUCCUUAAUGUCCUCAAAAAGAAUUCAAAGCCCCAGGAUCCAUUCAUGAGCCUUCAGGACCACCUUGAGCCCAGAAUGGAUGCCUCCAGAGUCUCAUGCCAGGGGAUGUGCAGGAAGGAAGGAGGUCUCUAGAAUUGCCCUCACUUUGAGAGUGGGUGGGCACAACAGCAUAGCCCACUGGCGGGAGCAAGUGUGCCGGAAGUGUUCUUGCAAGCGGGGAAAGCACCACAGGUACAGAAAGCAGAAAAGGCAAACUCGGCGAAAACCUCCCUUCCAGGCCAUGAUCCUUUCCUCCUUAAUUACACAGCUGGUGUGCUGAUUCUAGCUCAUCUGUGACUUAGGGGAGAGAAAUUACUCUAAAUGAACCACAUCUUUUAACUUUACCUUUUCCAGGGAGUGACGGAAGAGAUCAUUCCGGUAGAAGUUUGAAAUAAUGUCCCUGAUCAGGGUGUGACUAGAUAACUUCCAAGUGUGGCCUCACAUCCUUGGCAUGACUGUGUGACCCACUCGGGAAAGGCAGAAAGGGGCCCCUGGACUGUUUUCUGCCUUUUCUAGCAUCACGUUGACCCAGGAUUAGCCAUAGAAAGAGAACACUAUCACUGUUUUAAAAUGUUUAAGUACUGUAUAGAGUUUUUUACACAACCAUCAAUAUUUCUAAAACCUUUUGUUUUGAAGUAAUAUGACUUGCAAUGAUUCAAAAUAUUUUAGUAGAAAAUGAUUUGAAAAUUUCGUAUUUAUGCAAGGUGGUAUAAUAUAGAUUUCAGUUGGAAUAUAUGAACCUGUUCUUUGUCAUCCUUCUAGUCUUCUUUCAAAAAUCUAGCAGACUCAAUAUUAGAAUAGCUGUCCCUUAACAUAAAUCUCAGAGGUAUAUAUGUAUCUUUGUGGAAAUUACUUUUUCUUGGAUUUUAUAUGGGUCCCCAUUCACCUCCUCUUCAGCUCCUAAGGACUACCUUAGGGCUAAGAAAGGCAAAUAAGUCUUUUAUAUUCCACAAAAUUCCUUUCCUUGUGGCUCAGUUUUUAUUUUUUGAAAAGCCAAUUUUAAUUGUCAGAUCUAAGACUAAAACCCUCUGGUGAAUAUAGGCCCAGGCUAACAAAUGCCUUGUCCUGGGCCUGUUCCCAUCAACCCACCCUCCAGGUUCAUUCGUUUUGGGAAGAUCCCUCAUCAAAUAUAACCCCUAGACCUGCUUUUUACACCUCAAACUAUUCCCGGUUAUCCAUGAACAUAAAAGUAGAACUGUGAAAAUGACUGAGUGGGCUGCAAUUUUUGAUGGAAAAAUGAGCAAAAAUUAUUAUUGAGUCCAAACCCUGCCAAAAGGCAAAGUCAUAGACUACAUGAUCACUAAGGACUUGGUCAGUCUUAAUCUAUAUUCUACAUCCUUGCAUACAACAACUUACUAAAGAAGAAAGUUCAUUGUGAAAAAAUAUUAAUAUAAUUUAUGGGGAAAUGAAUGUAUUGUAUUUUUUAAUAUUUAGAAAAACUAGAUAACUGGAUGACAUUUUGCAAUACUAAUGAUGGUACCAGUUUCAUUUUUAAACAAUCAUCAUCUGUAAAAAUUGUACUUAUGUAAAAACAAAAUAAAAAUUAUUAAGUUGCAAUAGUGAA